CCGGAAACAGCGCAGAGUGUGAUGAAGCGCGGAAGUAUCGAGGGGGAAUUCCUCGAUAGUCUGUCCCUGUCCGAGCUUUUCUGGACAUUUUUAUUUAAUUCACUUUAUCAAACUCGAUUCUGACUUUCCAGCUCGGCGAGGCUGAAGAUGUUUGCCGACCUUAGCGUCUAUGGUUGACUUUAAACUGGGCCGUGUUUCCUUGGCGGAAGACCGACAAGCAGUUGAUCUGUGUUAGCGCGGAUAGGUAAACACUGUGAACGGCUUAAAAAGGAUCAUGGUCCAGCCGCAGCCGUCAGGUGGUUGUACUCUGCAGUGGGAGCUGACUGGAGAGGAGACUGUGGGUGCCAGGGGUCAAGGGUCACUGAUGGCCAGUUCACAGGGGUCUAUGGGGGUCCCUCCUGAAUUAGCGGGAAAUGAAGUGGUCCAUAGACUCAUAACAGAUAAUCAUCAGCUACGAGAGGCUCUGAAGCGAAGCAAUGAUGCCCUCAAAGAAAGAUGUGAUGAGAUGGAGGGGUGGCAGAGGAGGUCGAGAGAGGAGCGCGAGUUCCUGAGCUGUAGAUUUCGUGAGGCCAGAGCUUUAGUGCAGCGACUGGCACAGGAAAACCAGAGCCUGUUGGGACAGCUCAACCACAGCAUCAGUCAAACAGGGAGUCCAAGUGUUGGCAUCUCUAAAGAGACUGGAAAUCAAGGCCAGGACCAAGAGCUGAAGUGCACUAAUGUAGAGAAGAAUGUCCUCAUGGACUCACCAGAAGUAUUAAAUGAAGCUGUACUGACAGACCGAGCUGAAGGAGACGGUGACAGACACACAAUGCCUCAAAGUUUGCCUGCUGAGGGCUCUAAUGAAUUUCUGAAACUGCUGAAAAGCCACAAAGAGAAGCUGGAGGAAGGGAUGAGGGCACUGAGGAGGAGGAAUGAGGAGCUGGAGAAGGAGAAGACAGAGAAUGAGAGAGAGCGAGAAAAUCUCCUCGCCACUGUAGAGCAGUUACGCUCCAAACUCAAUCAGAAUGGUGGUGUUACUGAAGAGUCAGUCCAGCAGGCAUGCGCGCUCACCGUUCCUGCAGAAAGCUCUCACUUGGCUAAACUAACUGAGCAGCUUCAGGCUACACAAGGCAGGUACAGGGAGCUCCAGGAGAAGCUGGACUGUCUUCAGAAGAGCUCUGUUCAGAGAGACAGAAAUGAGGCUCUACUCAAACAGAAGGAGAAGGACUUUGUUCAGCUGACAAAGGAUAGUGAAGCUCUGAGAGCUCAGGUCACGUCCCUUCUCGGUGAGUUGAAUGAACGACAAAAUUGGCUGGAGAAAAGUGAAGCAGAGAGACGAAUUUUAGAGGAUAAGUUGGGCAAGAAGACCGAACGCCUGCAGACUUUAGAGAGAGACAUGGAGCAGCAGAAGAAGCAGCACAGUGUGACAGUGGACAAUCUUUUACUGCAGACACAGAACCUAGAAACUGCACUGAAGAACGAGAGGCUCGUCAUAGUGGAGGAGAGGAGGAAGCUGGCCCAGCUCCAACAUGCGUACACAUGUUUGUUUCAGGAUUAUGACAAAAAACUCAAAAGUGAAAAGCAAGCCAAUCACAGGUGUGGAGAGGCAGAUAGUCUAGUUAACAGGUUAGCAGAGGCUGAGAAAGCUCUGGCCCUGAAACAGGAUCUCAUCGAUAAACUCAAGGAGGAAACGGAGCAGCUGAGAGCUGCAUUAGAGACUAUACCAGUGCUGAACGCUCAGGCAGAGAUCUAUAAGAUGGACUUCCUGGCUGAGAGGGAAGCCAGAGAGAAACUCAAUCAAAAGAAGGAAGAGUUGCAGGAGGAGCUGAGUAAGGCACUAGUUGAGAUAGACAGAUUCAAGCAAGAAGGAACCUCAAGAGCUCGCAUUGAAGAGAUGCAACAGAGACAUUUGGAGGACUACAGGCCUCGUCCGCACCCACCUCCUCCAGCCGCACCUUUCGCAGGAGCAGCCAUGUUUAACCCCGCCCAACCUCCAUCUGCACGCAGAAGAGAUGAAGAUCAAGACGGGCUGCCUGAUUACUGCUGUCCCAAAUGUAUGUACAAGGCUCCAGACAUGGACACCCUGCAGAUUCACGUCAUGGACUGUAUCCAGUGAGAGGAAGAGAUGUUCAGGUGAUCUCUUGACACCUGAGUGAACUGUAACAACAACAACAAAAAAAUAAAAAAUAUUCAAGAAGUGAAAAUCAAAAACAUGCUAGAAACAAGUACACAAGACCCAUCUAAGGAUUUUGAACAUUUAAUCCUGCUGCAAAUUGACUUGAAGUAGACAGGUAGCCGAUGUUUAGCAGAUGUUUUUAUCAUGUGGCUAUAGAGCAGCCACCAUGUUUCUGUACACUUAGUGUGUGUAUCUCUUUACAAAAAAAGCUUGUCUGUACUGCCUUUCUGUGACAGCGUAGUGUAAUGUGCUGCACGUAUGUUUGCGUCUGCUUUACGUCUGCACACAUCUGACAGUGACAAUGUUUCCUGUAUACCUGUGGUAUUUGUUUCUCUGGAUGUACGCACUCUUGAGGAUUCAUGCCCGCCUGUGUUAAUAUUGUGUAUUAUCAGCCAAAGUGAAUAUGAAAAAAACACAAGAACUUUGUACAGACUAUUGUUACGGAGAGAUUUAAAGAAAUAAAAGUAUGAAUAUAUAAA